CUCUGCUGGUCCUAAAGCUCCAUGGCAACAGCAGCCAGGUUACCAUGGCCACAGCGUUCUUCUUGGUACCUGGCUCUGCAGAGUAACUUCAGUAAGUGGCAGGAUGUUCAGGAGAACUUCCUGGAGGAACACAGUCAGCGAUGCAGUGAGUUCCCACCAACAUCAAGCCCUCAACACAACUAUAUUUCUCCUGAAAUCCUUCGGCCCAACGGGAUUUCUGCUCAGAGAGGAGGGAGGGGCCAGGAACUUUAAGGUGUGCUUGGGUGACCCACAUACGUGUACUUGCCCUGUGUUCACCAGGGAGCAGGAGCCAUGCAAACACAUCUGCUGGGUUUUACUGCGGAAAUUCAGACUACCCACAGAACAUGAAUAUUCAUUUCAGCAUGGACUUGUGGAGAGACAGAUCUUGGAGGUGCUCCACGGUUUACACCAAACCAAAGACCACCGGACGGAAAAGGAUCCCCCUGCUGCUUCUGGGACCCCGAGCCAACCCAUCACCGGCCAGGAGGCUGGAAGUGUCUGCCGGAAAGCGAUCCAAGCCCAGGAUGUGUGUCCUAUCUGUCAAGAAGAGCUGCUGGAGAAAAAUCUGCCUGUAUCUUACUGCAGGUUCGGUUGUGGCAAUAAUGUCCACAUCUCUUGCAUGAAGGUGUGGGCGGAUCACCAGAAACAGUCAGACCAGGAAGAAACGGUGAAGUGCCCUCUGUGCCGGGAGGACUUCAGCUCUUUGAAAUUACUCCAGGAGCAGGUGAAAAAUGCAGCAAAGCUCUUCACGGCCGCUGAGAGAGAGAAGCCAGACAGACACCUGGGAGUUCUCUGUCACAGCUGCCGCGUCUGCCCUGUCACCGGCAGAUGUUUCAAAUGCACGGUCUGCAGUUAUUUCUAUCUAUGCGAGGGCUGCUCAAAGAAGGCCUGCCACCCACACCAUCCAUUUGCUUCACGAACAAAAAGGAGAGAAAAGUGGCAUCUUGUGGCCGAUGACCUCAGUGAUGAACCAAGGGGAGCAACCUAUCAGCCAGCAGAUGACAGCAUCAUCCGUGUAGCUGCAGACCCUCUACCUGAGAAUGUGUUGGGGUGUCUACCUACGGUUAAGGUGAGAUUGGGGUCUCGGCUCCUGGAUGUGGGACAGCAGUGUCGGAUCUGUCUGCUGGAUUUCAGCCUUGGCCAACGUGUCCGGACUCUGCCCUGCCAUCACAAGUUCCACACCGACUGUGUGGACGGGAUCCUGCGGAAGUCCAACUCCUGCCCUGUGGAUGGAUUUGUCAUUUAUAACCCCUUGACUUGGAGAACUAGUGACAGGAAGACGUCCCCUCAGGCGGCCUCCUGCCUUUCCAGUGACUCUGCCAAACGACCUGAAAAUAACUUAAAGGACCUGUUUAUUCCAGGAGUGGCGCUGCGGGACAGGAACACUAAAGUCAUUCCUUCACACGGUUCUCUUAGUUUAGAGGUUCUAACAGGCUCUUCAGUCACUUUAAACACCCCACCGAGGUUAUUAACUGACAGGUUUCAAGGCUUGUGCGUAGCUACAGACACUGUGACGAGAAAACGAACUCCUGAAAGCUCUUCUUUUAAUCACCGACAUAAAUCUGAUUCACGUUCCUCAGAAAAGACAAGGACAAAACACAGCCCAGCUUCACCCAACAGGUGUGCUUCAGCGACACAAAUCAGAGAGCAGCCACAGCUGAACCUUUUUGUAGGUUUGCGUCGACUCGAGUCAGACCACACCGCUACUGUGGCUUUUCCUGCUCGACGAGCUAGACUGCAACCCAAAAGGACAGGAGGCACGGUAACCAUUAACGAUGCAAACAAUAGGCUCAUUUCAGAGCUCAGAAUGACGGGAAUAAACACACUGCAACACUUGAACUUUACUGUUGAAGCAGUUGAAGAGAUCAAUAAGUAAACACAUGUAACCCUUUAUUUAGACAUGCCCACUUUAUGAUAAUCACAUGCAGUUUGGGGCAUGUCAUAGUCCAGUCAGCACACUGACACACUGACAGCUGUUGUUGCCUGUGGGGCUGCAGUUUGCCAUGU